AAUUCAUUGUUGUAUAAUGAAUCCAUGUUACUUGUCGUUAGCACCUGAUUUGAUUUAUCUUCUACAUUAUUCGUCCGACCUAACCCUCAACCUAAUCUUUUGCAUUUCAGCAACAUCGACAUCCUCCUCUUACAAUCGGAUGGAUGUUCCUUGCUCUACCAUUUCUUCCCGCAUCUAAUCUCCUUGUUACUGUCGGUUUCGUCGUCGCAGAACGCGUCUUGUAUAUCCCAAGCAUCGGCUGGAUUUUACUAAUUGUAUAUGGAGCUCAAGUUACAUGGGCAGCUGUUCCUCGGCGAAGAAGUUUAAUUACAAUUGCCGUGAUUGGACUCCUGGUUCUCAAUUGCUGCCGCACUGCUAUUAGAAAUCGUGACUGGUCUUCGCGUGAAACUCUCCUGAGAGCGGGCCUCCGGUCAGUGCCGCAUAAUGCUAAGAUGCAUUACAAUUUCGCCAAUUUUCUACGAGAUACAUCUCACCCCAAUCGUGCCAUUUUGCAUUAUCAACUAGCUCUUUGGCUCUGGCCAUCGUAUGCAAGUGCUCACAAUAAUCUUGGUACCUUGACGGCGGGUGAUCAAGCAGAAAGACAUUUUUUGGCAGCAAUACAUGCUCAACCCAGUCACGUGAAUGCUCAUUAUAACCUUGGUCAACUAUACAGAAAAACCAACAGAACAGAAGAGUGCAUAAUUAUGUUACAAAAAUGUGUUGCCCUUGACCCUGCUUAUACUCCGGCCUACUUGGUGUUAGCGAGAUUAGCGACAGGUCAAGCAACAGGCGUACUAUUGAGACAUGUUGUGAGAUUGCAGCCACGCAGUCCAGACCAUCUGGCUGAGUAUGCGUCGUGGCUACAUCAGAAUGGUAAAUGGCUACUUUCCCUGAAAUACUAUCUUCGAGGCAUGGACAUAUCGCCAUCUCACAGGACAUCUCUUCUCGGUACGGCGAGAAUUCUGCGAGCAAGAGGCCAAUGGCCACGAGUACAUCAACUGAUCACACGGUGGCAUUUGAUGUUACGAGCUAGACGCGGCGGGCUCAUAUAUCGCGGAGAUCUGUAUAUUCGUGCGUGGCAGCUGCAGAGCGAGUCACGAAGAAGGGCUUACCAGCAUGAGCACAACCUUUGCCUCUCGGAAAGUGGAUGUUCAACGCCGCAAGUUGCCAGUGUCUCAGUCCACCUCGAGCAAGACAGUAAUAAAUCAGAACAAUUGGAGAGACCACCGAGAUGUGGAGUACGAAAUUGUCGAGCAUCAAGAAAGGGUAAGCCGAGAGUAGCGGCACCUGCAUUACUUGUUCAGAAUCUCCUCGAGACCCUCUAGCUUAUAUUAACAAUGGAAAAAUCGUAACGAAUACAAGUGUGUCACAAGUCCAAUGAAACGGUCGAUAAUAAUUACAGUCUCUUAUCUCGUCGUGUAUAUACACAAUCGGCCAAAAAAUCACAAAGUCAGGCGAGAUAAGGACGGUGAGAGUUUGUUUUUGCCGGCGUAUCCUAAAAACGAUAAUCUUUUUUGUGUGUAAAUUUUUGUGUGUAGUAAAAUCAACAUUCAACAAUUUGUAUAAUAUGACAAGCCAAAACAAAAAAAAAACAGGUGGAUACACAUGAUACUAAAACCAUUGGAAACAGCAACAAAAUCUAAAAUCUUAUUUUUACACAAGAGUUAUGUAAGAUUUUUUCAUCUCUGGAGGAAGUUCUCAUUUAUAUCUCUACGAAGCUCAUACCUAAGAGAUGAAUUAUAUAACAUACAUUGAGUUUGAUAACUCAAAGAGUGUGUGAUUUGAACAACUGAAUAAAAAAUUAAAACAGACGUACGAAUGGCCACUGUUCUUUGAAUUUAUGAAAAAGGUCCAAUUGAUGAGAGUUAGAAAAAAAACAAAUUGAGUAAAGUAUUUCGUUGUGAGUCAAUUUGUCAAAUCCUCCACUCGUAUUCCUACUGAACAAGUGGAAACGAACAUAAGGGAACUGGGUAUCGACGACUUUGAUUCGAAGUUGUGCGAAGAAAACUGUUAGGGUAUAGCAAAGAAAUACAAAAAGCAUCGACCUGUAAAUAUAUUUUUCCUAUACACUAUAACCGUUAAAUAGGUAUAAAAUAACAAUGAGACGCGCGAUACGUACACAGGGAUGGGUCCAUACAUACAUAGAUGUGCGGGAACCGAUCGUCUUCUGCUUUGAAGCGGCGAAAUAUGUAUACCAGGUACGAGGGCGAGAUAGCCAGCCCAUUUAUUAUUAUUCACCUGGGAAAAUGUAUAUUUUCGCACGAUACUCGGGAGUAAUGGUAGAUCGAAUAAUAAUUGGGUUUGUACCGCUCUCUUCACACCUAUAUAUUUAUAUAUAUUCGACAUAUAUAUACAACAUACAUAUGUUCGAUAUAUAUACAUUUAUAUAUACAUACAAUAGUCGCAUGUUGUGUCCUUGCACGCACAUAUGACGUGGUGCCAAUAAAAAACAAAACUGUAUGGGAUAUUCAUAUGAGAUUUUUGCAAAAUUUCGGUCUCUUUUUAAAGUUUUUUUCUAUAGCAGUGUACAAAAUUUGAUCGGAAAUCAACCCAUGACCUGUGCGAGAGUAACGUGAAAAUGAAUAAACGUUAUCUGAUAUGCGACGAAAAUGCUUUACGUGCUCGAGUAGCUAUAUACUUGCGAUAUGUUUAUCCAGCUGGCGAAAUUUUUAUUCAAAACGCUGAAAAAAUACUGAAGUAUGCAACCAGAUUGGCGGAUGGUCGUGACAUGCUUUGAAAUAAACGAAUUGUCCGCUAUAAAAUUUAUCUCAUGGCUAGAUAUUGUGAACGUUAAUUUCCAUCACGAUCAUUUUCAACACACAUUUUCGACAGAAGUUAAUAAUAGCUGAAUUGACAACGAAUACGAGGACAUUCAAAACAUAAAUGAAGCUUCGACGACACUCGUUCCGAAUAUACUUUUGAAGCGAUCGAUGAUGAACGUACAAAGGAGAACAAAGAAAUAAUUGAAGAAAAGAGUAUUGAGUGCAAAAUGUGACAGAUUGAAAAUUCGAUGGCUCGAACUUUUCCACACCUUGCAAGUUUGUACAGUUCAUUUCCCUCGACUCGUAUGCCGGCCAAUGCUUUCGCGAAAUAAAAAUGUCCAAUAAUUUUCAGCAAACCACUUGAUUUAUUCGGAGAGAUAGACUAUUGAAAAAGAAAUGUGCCACUCGCAAUUUUAUAUCGUAUACGGACCCAAUUAAAAACAGCAAAGAAAAAAAACUGUUCAAUUUGUUCAAAACAUCGUCAAAAUUCAAAUUAUUUUUUAGAAAAUUCAAAAGAAAAUAUUUUUAAAAAUCCAAGAAUUUUGAGUUUUCAUCCGUUGUAAUGCCACUGGAUUAAUGAACAAGUGAAAUACUCCAACUCCAAAAUAUUAUGUGAAAAUCAAAAAAACAAUACACGUUUCUACAUUUCAACUGGAACUCGAAAAUUCAUAUGUCGUGGUAUGAGCACAAGAAAUGUAGUGGAGCAACAAGUAUUAAAUUUUAUUUAUUUAUGCAUUUAUUUUGUAAGUAUUAAAAAUCAAAUGUUUCUGACGUGUAAUCUCGAAGUCGUUCGGUUGAUUGACAAUAAAUAUAUAUGGAAUUAAGAUGUUAAUCCCCAAUGGAAGUGCUACUAAUUAAGAACGCCGCCGUGAAAGAUGGUGUAGAAUAUCACGAUUUAAAUACAUUUUCCAAAAUGAUUUAAAAUUUUAUUCUAUUUCGAGAAGAGACGCAUCAGGAGCUUAAUUUGGAUGUAAUGAAUCAAACGGAUGUUAAAUCGGUCAAAUAUUGUACGUUGCGAACAAAUAUGUUUACAAACGAGAUUCGCCGAAUUUAGUCGUGAUCCUCGUAAGUAUUUGACCUGUUCUCUUAUAAAAAUUGUAAUGCGAAAUCCGUCACAGGCAAAAAAACCUUAUGUAAAUAACUGUAUACAAUACACUAUGAAUUCAACGAUGCUUAAAGAUUGAGAAAAAAGGAAACCCAAUGCAUAUGGAUUUCAAUAAAACGGAAUGGAUACUUUAUCCAAACUGAAGUUCAGCUAGUUCACUCUUAAUAACUUAAUUCUAAUGGACUAAUGAUUGAUUGCAUGAAUUAUGAAAAAAAAACAAAGCAAAAUUGAAAAAAAAAAACAUCUGCAACUCGAUUCAUGGUAUUCGAAGAAAACUUUGAUGCUCAAACGCUUUGUUAAAAUAGUACAUGCAAAAGAGCAGGAAAUUGUAAGCAGAGAAUACACUUAUAUUUUUACCCGUGAUCGAGGCAAACUAUUCUAGGAUACCAAGAGUCGAAGAGUGAUAUUAAUAUGCAGAUUAAAGCAAUAGCUAUUAUCCCUGGCAAGAUAUUCGAAUCGGUAAUACAUUUUAAAAAAAUACUUCGAAUCUGUAGUUAGAAGGAAACAAUCGAGCAUCAUCCGUAAUACUUUUCGGAGUGGAGUGGAUUAAACUCACCAAAAAAUGUUCAAGGUAAUUUCCGUUACUUGUGAUAAGAUAUUGGAGUCCGUUGGAAAAUACAAAUUCUUAGUAUUGCAUAAGCUGCAAUCUAAAUCACCUGAAAAUUUUUGGGUGAGCAUUAAUUCUAGUAAAUAUUAAAAUUAUUUAUUGAAUUAUGGGUAAAUUUAGUGAUCUGAUUUUUUUAAAAUCAUGUUGACCUAAUCACCUCUAUCUGGAAAAAUAUUAUCAUUGUCACUUGAUCAUCCGACCAGCUUUUUUCGGAGUAUUUUUUUACUAAGCAUUACUUCAAGGGUAUGCCCAGUUCUAACGGUCAUUGCCUUACCCUGUAUAUGUACUAAAUAAAUAAAUAAAUAAAUAAAUAAAUAUAUAAAUAUAUUUGUAUAUCGAUCUAACGAUUUUCGUGAAAACGAUGAAAACUUCUGCAUGAUUUUCGUACGAUCGAUUGUAAUCAUUUAAUGAGCUCAUUGAAAACUCCAUCGAGAGUUGAAAGGAAAAAAAGAAACUUGCGGUUUCUGAAUACAUAUAUCAGUCAAGAUUGCUUCGGGAAUUUCGUUUUAGUGAAAAGUGUACAUCGUUUGACUCUUAUUAAAGUUGAAAACGGAAUCGUUCUAUUCGAUAAUUGGUUCAGAAGCUUUAACGUUCCCAUCAAAUAUCGAUUGCUUUUUUUAAAUUCCGAAAUACGGAUGCAGUGGUGACAAGUUCAACGGCUUUUUGGGAGCAUAAAAAUGCUCAUUAAUGGAAUGAAAACAACUCGUGUGCGCAUGCACCAAAGUAAAGGCGAAAAUAGCAGGACGCAGGUACGCAGUGAAGGGGCUGAAAAAUUCGUAAUAAUCAGGUCGAAAUGAUUAACAGGUAGACAAAAGCGCGAGUAUGUGUGUACAUUUGGAAGAUGGUAAUCGUGUGACACGUGGUUUUGAUAUGCAAAUUUUUCCGUACAUAUUUCACGUAUGAUUAGCCUCAAUUUAAUCGGCAAUCUAUGUAUUACUCGAUAGACCAGUUUGUAUAUUUAAUUACACCACGUUAUCGCGCAUAUUCAUUGUGAAUACGAUUAUUAUAAAUUAUCAUAAUAAAGUGUAUGUUUGUAUAUAAA